AUGCCACUGAAUCUCUCUGGCCGAAAGACUGGUAGAGAAACUCGACUUCAUCACUUACCACCAAGGCACAUAUUAAUGAGCUAUGAAGGGGCUUUUAUGGGCCAAGAACUCAGUGUCGGUUCACGCAGAUACAUUUUCGCACCUGGUGUAUGUCGUUCAGUAGUCAUGGAGGCGACGAAAGAAGUUCCUCAUCCUAACUAUCCAGAUUUAAAGGUGAGUGAAUUUAAUGCCUCUAUUCGCGCUAUACAAUGGAUAUUUUUUAAAAUAACUAGUCUUUUUGGUUUAUUGUUUGAACCUGCUUCAGAAGACCAAUUGGAUCCCAGGAUUUACCCACCACCUGAAGCCUUUUGUAAGGGCCAGGACUAUGAACCAAAGUGUGCUCCAAAAGGUUUAAUAGCUUUGUCUCCCUGUUUAGCUGCAUCACAACAUGUACCAAUUUACGGCUCACAGGGGCACCUUAUUGAUGUUCAUCCUGACAUUAGAAAUCAGGUUAAAGGCAUGAAACAACCAAAUGAAAUGGAAGACCGAACGAAUAUUCUGGUAGAUCCUAUAACUGGAAUUACAUUAGGCGCUCAUCAAGUUAUGCAGCUUAGCUUCUAUUUGGACAACACGAAAAAACCGAGCAUGAUGUUUAGGUCGAUGAACGGUCCCGUUUUCUUUCCACUCAUAAGAAUUGUGAAUGAAGUUAAUGUUGACUUAGAUGCACUGAGAACAAUUUAUCGUUUGGUUCACGGUAGCAGAUACUGGUUUCAUGUUACAGUAUACGCAUUCGGUGGAUUUUGUUUGAUGACUUUCUUCAUUAUGAUGGGUGCAAUAAUUAGAAUGAAUCGACGUUCAGAAUCAAGCGUUUGAAAUUUCCACGUUCAUACAAUAGAUAAUAACUGAAGAACAGUUUCCAGCAUACCAAGAAGCCUUGAAGAUUUUUCAAUUUAUUUAUUGAGUUUGUAAAUAUUAUAAUCUGUUACAGUUAAUUAAGAAACAUUUGAUGCCUCUAAUUCAAAAAU